ACAGUCCUCACCUGGCGAAAUAAAAAUGAGUCUGUGGCGUAAUGCGGUGUGGGUCGUGGCGGCAGUGACGGCGAUGCUGUACAGCGCCAUGAACACCUUUGUCAAGACAGACAGUCAGCACGAACAUGUUCAGGAAGUCAUGGGCCGCGUUCGCGCUGCACAGAUUGAGAUUCAGGUCACACCAUUGAACACAUCGAUCGUCGAUCACUUGCGCAGGAAGCUUUCAACAUGGCGUGACAACUGGACUGACCUCCUCGUCCUCGAAGAGACCAACCAGAAGCAGAUUGCAAGUCACUGGGAACGUAUGAAGGAUGAUAUGCUCGCCAAUGUAGCGGCCAAGAACAACGAGUUGACCCAAUUGCGGGAAAGUGAACGGGAGUUGAUGCAGCACCUACACGAGUGGAGAGCAUUGCAGCACGAGAUCGAGGUUACGACAGCGGACAUUGCGUCCAUCCAAGCGGAUAUCGUUCGUCAACGUAACGAGAACGCGGCGUUGCGUCGGGAUGCCAUCGCUAGGGGCCAAGCCGCGGUGUCGCGCCAGGCAGACAUGGACGAGUUCCGCCGCAUCCUAACCGAUGAAGCGACCACUGCGCGGGACGCCGCCACAUUCCACCGCCGCGUUUUAACAUCCAUAGCGGUGGCGGGCGGCAUUUUAUCGUUUGGUGCGGUGAUGAUCACGUUGCGCGCUCGGUGGCGCACUCCCCCGCCAGCCAGUCGACGCCAGUAGUAGGACAUUUCAAGUCAAAAGCGGGGUAAUAAAUUAAGGCAUAUCCAUCGGAUAUGGGCGAAAGAAAACGAUCA